AUGAGUUCUAGCUCAUUGUACCAUCUCAUUGUACCAUCUCAUUGUACCAUCUCAUUGUACCAUCUCAUUGUACCAUCUCACUGUACCAUCUCAUUGUACCAUCUCAUUGUACCAUCUCAUUGUACCAUCAAAUUGUACAUGUACCAUCUCAUUGUACCAUCUCAUUGUACCAUCUCAUUGUACCAUCUCAUUGUACCAUCUCAUUGUACCAUCUCAUUGUACCAUCUCAUUGUACCAUCUCAUUGUACCAUCAAAUUGUACAUGUACCAUCUCAUUGUACCAUCUCAUUGUACCAUCUCAUUGUACCAUCUCAUUGUACCAUCUCAUUGUACCAACUCAUUGUACCAUCUCAUUGUACCAUGUCAUUGUACCAUCUCAUUGUACCAUCUCAUUGUACCAUCUCAUUGUACCAUCUCAUUGCACCAUCUCAUUGUACCAUGUCAUUGUACCAUCUCAUUGUACCAUCUCAUUGUACCAUCUCAUUGUACCAUCUCAUUGUACCAUCUCACUGUACCAUCUCAUUGUACAUGUACCAUCUCAUUGUACCAUCUCACUGUACCAUCUCAUUGUACCAUCUCAUUGUACAUGUACCAUCUCAUUGUACCAUCUCACUGUACCAUCUCAUUGUACCAUCUCAUUGUACAUGUACCAUCUCAUUGUACCAUCUCACUGUACCAUUUCAUUGUACCAUCUCAUUGUACCAUCUCACUGUACCAUCUCACUGUACCAUCUCACUGUACCAUCUCAUUGUACCAUCUCAAUGUACCAUCUCACUGUACCAUCUCACUGUACUAUCUCACUGUACCAUCUCCUUGUACCAUCUCACUGUACCAUCUCACUGUACCAUCUCAUUGUACCAUCUCACUGUACCAUCUCAUUGCACCAUCUCAUUGUACCAUCUCACUGUACCAUCUCAUUGUACCAUCUCACUGUACCAUCUCAUUGUACCAUCUCAUUGACAAAUUUCUGGGGGAAAAAAACACUGGUAUAUCACCUUGUAUGGAUUGGAGAUCUUAA